AUAGUCUUUAGUCCCAAGUGGCAAGCGCCAUGGCUGAUGAAUGAGGAGCGUGACUAGGGCUAGGGUUUCGCUUGAUGUGAGCUCUUCAUUUGUCGGAAGUGAACGGCGUUACAGUGGCGUGGAAGAGGUGGAUGGUUAUGGGAGCCACGGGUUCGAAGCUCGAAAAGGCUCUCGGCGACCAGUUCCCGGAAGGCGAGAGGCACUUUACUUUUGUGUCCCAUUCAGAGAACAGCUGCUGGAAUACUAUGCAAAUAACAAGAAUGUUGGGGAAGCUGAAGAGAACCUGCUGACGUGUUUGGCCGAUCUUUUUAAUCAGAUCAACUCAUCGAAGAAGAAGACUGGUGUUAUUGCCCCCAAGCGGUUUGUACAGAGAGUGAAGAAACAAAAUGAGCUUUUUCGCAGCUAUAUGCAUCAGGAUGCUCAUGAAUUUUUAAAUUUCCCUGAGCUCGUCGACAUAUUGGAGAAAGAAGCAAAUUCUAAGGAUUCCCCUGGAAACUCAUCACAAUCAGAAAAUAUAGCAAAUGGGUCAAGCCAUCUUCAAGCUAACGGCAUUAAAAAAGAACCCCAGAUAACUUGGGUCCAUAAAAGCUUUCAGGGUUUAUUGACCAAUGAGACUCGAUGCCUAAGGUGUGAAACUGUCACUGCAAGGGAUGAGACUUUUUUCGAUUUAAGUGUAGAUAUUGAGCAAAAUAGUUCCAUCACAAGUUGUCUGAAAAACUUCAGUUCUACUGAGACAUUGAAUGCUGAAGAUAAAUUCUUCUGUGACAAAUGCUGCAGCUUGCAAGAAGCCCAGAAAAGAAUGAAAAUAAAGAAACCGCCUAAUAUCCUCGUUAUCCAUCUCAAGCGCUUCAAAUACAUUGAACAACUCGGUCGGUACAAGAAGCUAUCUUACCGUGUCGUGUUUCCGCUCGAGUUGAAACUCAGCAACACACUCGAGAAUGCUGAUGCAGAGUAUUCUCUCUUCGCCGUCGUCGUUCAUGUUGGCAGUGGGCCCAACCAUGGUCACUAUAUUAGCCUCGUUAAAAGUCACAAUCAUUGGUUGUUGUUUGAUGACGAAAAUGUUGAUAUAUUUGAUGAGUCUGCCGUGCAAACAUUCUUUGGCUCGGCACAGGAGUACUCCAGCAACACAGACCAUGGGUACAUCCUAUUCUAUGAGAAUCUUGGCGGUAGGAGUUAAGGUGCUGUCCAUUUUUGUGGUAUUUUAGUCUUUAUUUCUCCUGUUUACCAUUUACCUUCAUGUAAAUUCAAAAUUUGCAAGGCCAGAUGUGAAAGGACAUGAUUCCUAAAUUGGAUUCACUGUAUAGCAAAUGGUAGUAACAUGCCAUAUAUCUCAAUAAUACGAGUGUAAGUGAGUUGAUAUCA